AUGGAGCUUUCAAUGGGAAACAAUGGUGGCGCUUCGGGCGAUGAACAUGAAGCAGCUUCUAACUCUAGAAAUCAGGGAAAUAAGGCUUACCAUCGCCAUUCUAAUCAACAGAUUCAUCAGCUUGAAAAAUUUUUCAAGGAAUGUCCACAUCCGGAUGAAAACCAGCGGCGCCAGUUGAGUAGGGAAUUAGGGCUUGAGGCUAAACAGAUCAAGUUCUGGUUUCAAAACAAAAGGACUCAGAAAAAGGCGCAGAGUGAGCGAGCAGAUAAUUCAGUUCUUCGGUUAGAAAAUGAGAGGAUUCAAUGUGAAAAUCUGGCAAUCAUAGAGGCACUGAAGAAUGUGAUCUGCCCAGCUUGUGGAGGUCCUCCCUUCGGAGAAGAAGAACGCCAACGUAGUUUGCAGAAACUAAAGCAGGAAAAUGCUCGGUUGAAAGAAGAGCAUGAAAAGGUAUCCACCCUUCUUACCAAGUACAUAGGAAAAUCGAUUUCACAGAUUGAUUCGUUGACACCUGGCGCUGGAUCUUCACAUGGCGUAUUGACAACAAACCCUGGCAUUGAUCUGGAACGGAAUCCAGGACUGGACAACAGUCAGUUGGUCUAUAAACGUAGAGGAAUUCUAGAUAUGGAAAAGGCACUCAUGGCUGAGACUGCUGCCAGUGCAGCAGAUGAGUUGGUCAGGCUUUUGCGAGUUAAUGAGCCUCUGUGGAUCAAGUCCCCAUCUGAUGGAAGAUACAUUAUUGAUCGUGUCGGCUAUGAGAAACUAUACCCCAGGGACAGUCACUUCAAAAGUUCUAAUGCUCGUGUCGAAUCAUCCAAGGAUUCAGCAAUGGUGAUCAUGCCUGGAAUGGACCUGGUUGACAUGUUUUUGGAUCCAAAUAAAUGGAUGGAUCUUUUUCCGACAAUUGUUACCAAGGCCAGGACAAUUCUAUUACUUGAAGCUGGAACUGUAGGAAACCGAAAUGGUUCCUUGCAGAUGAUGUAUGAACAAAUGCACAUACUGUCGCCCUUGGUUCCACCUAGGGAGUUUUACUUCCUUCGUCUUUGUCAGCAACUUGAGCCUGGGGAGUGGGUGAUAGCAGAUAUAUCGUAUGACUUCAUGAGAGAUGGCUCCCCUUCCCGCGCUUGGCGGCUUCCUUCUGGAUGCAUGAUCCAAGAUAAGUCUAAUGGAUGUUCCAAGGUAACUUGGGUAGAACAUGUGGAGGUUGAUGAUAGAACUCAAACUCAUCGCCUUUACAGAGAUCUCAUAUGCGGAAGAUCUGCUUAUGGAGCAGAACGAUGGAUUGCUAGUCUCCGGAGGAUUUGUGAGAGGUUAGCUUUCUACAAGGAGGAAACUGCAGCUGCUCGAGAAUUUGGAGGAGGUGACAAUAAUCAUUUUUUUGCCUUUCCAUUUCUUUGA